AUGCCUCCAGCACGUCCCAGCGCUACUCCCGGUCCCUCGACAGCACCUACCAAGAGCCCCGUUGGCGAUGCUCUCUACGAAUGGGCUCGUGGUACCGAAGAGCCAGGCUAUGUCUUUACUCAGCACGAAUUACUCGACUCAGGCCUCGUUCCCAAGAAUGACCUGAUCAUCCUUCUUGAGGCCACCAGGUAUCUGGUCAGCCGUCGCCUCUUCAAAGCACAUGACAUCAAAGGUCAAGCCGGUAUAGGUUAUGAGUUGGUGGAGGAGGCAGCUGCAGCAAACUAUGGAGGCCUCAGCUCCGAUGAACAGAUGGUCUACGCUGCUAUUGACAGCUCAGGUACCGCCGGAAUAUGGACCAAGACGAUCAAAGCGAAAAGCGGCGUCCAUGCCAAAGUGCUGGAUCGUGUCUACAAGAGCUUGGAGACAAAAGGUCUGAUCAAGACCAUGAAGAGCGUCAAACAUCCACAGCGCAAAAUGUACAUUCGAUCUGGCUUGACUCCUAGUGAAGAAGCUACGGGUGGAACGUGGUUCAACGAUGGUCGUCUCGAUAUCGGCAUGAUCGAAGCUGUUACCUCGGCCAUCGAAGCCUAUUGCUCUAUCGCAAGCUGGAAAAUCGCCGAAGACGAUCCUGAAGACGACUACCUCAAUCUUAAGCGCAAGCGACCGGACGACGGCUUUGACGAAGAAGGCAAGGGUAAGCAGCAAAAGCUAGAGAAUGGCAAGAUUGACAUGCCGAAACCUAAGACUCCUCCACAAUACGUACCUAUUCAGCCUCGAUAUCAAGGUUACCCGACGCUGGCACACAUUAGCCAAGAACUGAUGAACAAGAAAAUUACGCAGCUCGCCAUACCCAAUAAUGCCCUCCAACAAGUUCUCGAUGUAAUGAUUUACGACAACCGCUUGCACAAGGUCAAUCGCGACGCUCGUGCCGAUGAAACUCCAGAUGAUCCCGAUCACAAUCAAAUCUUCAUGUACCGCUGCUUCACAAAUCCAGCGAUUCUUGGCCAACAGCGCAACCGUCACAACAAAAUAGCAAGUCAUAGCUACUCGGCUCGUAGAGCUCAGGAAAUUGAGGACAUCGGAAGAGGUGGUUUUAGUGAGGUGCCUUGUCUCGAUUGCCCCAUCUUUGACAUCUGUGGUGAUGGUGGGCCUGUAAACACUAAGACCUGCAUCUACCUGCCCGAGUGGGAGGAGAAAAUGGAACGAGCUGACCAUGAGGCUGGCGCUGCUUGGCCACUAGUCCAAACUGGGAGGAAGACUCAACCAAACAGGUGA